UGAAACGCUGUGGGAAGGGUAGAAAAGGCAAAAGGAUUUGUGUACGGCAAUCUCAAACACAUCACAGUUCUGUGUCUAUGAAUUCCUCAGCACUUGAAUGCCUCUGAUCUCUGAAUGUGGAGGAGGAUGAGGUGCUUGAGAAGAGAACACAGCAGUCACAGCAAGAACCGGAAUGCAUGUUUAGUAUAGGGGUGAGAUUUGGAUGAACAUUCUGGAAAUAAAUCUUGUAAAUUGUCUUCAAUUUAUUGAAGGAGUGAGCAGAUAUCAAUCCAUCAGUUGUCGGUCCUUGGAAAAGAUGCAUCUCUUCCCAGCUGGAAAUGUGCAUCUGCUUUCUGUCUAAAACGAAGUUUUCUGUUUCAACAUCUCAUUGAAACCAUUGGCCUUGUGAACACUCCAGCACGUCCUCACCAUACAUCAGACGCUCAACUGCUUGAAGCUUGGGAGGGAUCUACUAUGUCAUCUGAUCUGAUGAGAUGCCAGAGGCUUCAAAGCAGGGAGAAAUCAUUCACCUGCUCUGAGUGUGGAAAGGGAUUCACUCAGUCAUUGAAACUCAUAAGGCACCAGCUAGUUCACACCACGGAGAGGCCAUUCAUCUGCUCCCAGUGCGGGAAGGGAUUCAUUGAUUCUUCUGACCUUCGAAUACACCACCGUGUUCACACCGGGGAGAGGCCAUUCACCUGCUCCACAUGUGGGAAGGGAUUCAUUACAUCUUCUCUGCUACUGAGACACCAGCGGGUUCACACAGGGGAGAGACCUUUUACCUGCUCUGUGUGUUGGAAGCGAUUCAUUCAGUCAUCGCACUUGCAGGCACACCAGCGGGUUCACACCAGGGAGACGCCUUUCACCUGCUUUCAGUGUGGGAAGGGAUUCACUGAGUCAUUCGACCUGCAAGUACACCAGCAAGCUCACACCCUGGAGAGGACAUACACUUGUUCCGAGUGUGGGAAGGAAUUUACUCGGUCUUUCCAGCUGAUGAGGCACCAGCAAGUUCACACUGGAGAGAGGCUGUUCAUCUGCUCCGAGUGUGGGAAGGGAUUCACUCAUCCAUCCCAUCUGAUGAGGCACCAGGGAGUUCACAUGAAGAAGAACCUUUCACCCGAUCCAUGUGAGGGAGAAGGGAUUCUUUCAGUCCUGUGAGCUUCUGAGGCACCAGCGAGCUCACAGUGUCUAAAGACCAUUCACCUGCUGUGUGGGAAGGGAUUCAUUCAGUCAACCGACCUGCUGAUGCACCAGAGAAUUCACAUAUCAGCAAACUCACACUUGGGAGAGUCCAUUUACCUGCUCUGUGUUUGGGAAAGGAUUCACGAUCUCAUCCCAACUGAUGAGACACCAGGGUGUUCACACUAAGCAGACUGUAUACUCCUGUCCUGUGUGUGCAAAGAAAUUUAAUCAAUGAAUUCACACUGCAGAAAAAAAAAAGCUGCAUGCUGUAUGUUUCAUCAUCACAGCUGCUGAGUCCAGCUGUAAGUUCAUGACCGAUUGUUGUGCCAGAUUCUGCAGUUAUUGUAGCUGCUUAUCACACUCAGGACUGAACCCUAGUCUCUGGGCAUUGUUGGGGUUCCUUCCACUGUCAUUAGUCUUUGUCUAGACUGGACUUUAAUGUUGCUGAUCUCUGACCAUUAAAACAUUUUUACAGUAUUUAAAAUCCUGUGUCACAGGUUCUCACUGUCUAUGCAACACAAUGUAUGGUGCUGAGGCCAGUCAGCCCAGCUGGUCCCUGCCAGUGUUUCUAUUCCACACCAAUCCUAGUAAACCCAUCCCUCAGGUUCAACUCAUGCUCCUCCCUGUGGUGACAGGCUCCAGCUGGUCACUACUGUGGGUGAAGAGUUUUCCCUUGAAUUUGCUGCAUGACUUUCUGCAGACUGAAAUAGACAAUGAGCUCACUGGAGUUAUGUCACAGCUAUUCCUUGUCCGUCAAACCUCUGAGCCGAGGAAGAGUGACACUGGCUGUUAAUCUCUGUAUUCCCUGCUCUUUCCAACAUUAUGGGUAAUUUUCACUGCUUCCCUGUGUCUCACACUACUGAGUUGUUACAAACACAAGAGAUUCUGCAGAUGCUUGAAAUCCAGAGUAACACACACAAAUUGCUGGAGGAACUCAGCAGGUCAGGCAGCUUCUAAGGAAAUGAAUGAACAGUCGAAGUUUCAGAUCCAGAUCUUUCUUCAGGACUGGAACGGAAGGGGGAAGGUGCUAGAAUAAAAAGAUAGGGGGAGGGGAUGGAGGACUAGCCAGAAGGUGAAAGGUGAAGCCAGGUAGGUGAGAAAGGUAAAGGGCUGUAGAAGAAGGUGAAAGGUCAGAGUGGGGAAUAGAAGGGAGAAGGGAAACAAAAUUACCGGAAGGAGAAAUGGAUGUUCAUGUCAUCAGGUUGGAGGCUACCUGGAAGGAAUAUGAGGUGUUGCUCCUCCACUCUGAGAGUGGCCACAUCAUGGCAAAAGUGGAGCGACAUGUGGAAAUGGGAAUAGGAAUUAAAAUGGUUAGCUACUAGGAAGUUCCGCUUUCAAAGUGGUCCUCCCAAUUACACCAGGUCUCACCAAUGUAGAGGGGGAUGCAUCGGGACCUCUGGAUACAAUAGAUGACCCCAACAGAUUUGCAGGUGAAGUCCUGCCUCUCCUGAAAGGUCUGUCUGGCGCCUUGAAUGGAGGUGAGUGAGGAUACAAAUGGGAAAGUGUAGCAUUUCUGUUGCAGGCAUUUGUAUCAGGAGGGAGCUUAGUGAGG